AUGGACGACGACUUUGGCGCUGACGAUGCCCUCCUGGCGGCCAUGGCGGCUGCCGAUCCGUCGCCGCCGGCUCGCCGCGCCGUCCAGCAGCCUGCACCGCAGAAGAUCCAGCAGCCGACGCCGCAGCGCCUCGACAAGGCGCCGCCGGCCAAUUCAUCGUCGUCGGGCGGCGGCAAGAUCGUGCAGCCGACGCCGCAGGCCCUCCCGCAGCGGCAGUCCGGGUCUACGAUCCUAGUCUCGCCGCGUCAGCGAGGCAAUCCCGUGCUCACGAACCUCCGGUCCAUGCCGUGGGAGUACAGCGACAUUCCGGCCGACUAUGUCAUGGGCGUGACUACGUGCGCUCUGUUCCUGAGCCUCAAGUACCAUCGCCUCCAUCCCGAGUACAUCUACACGCGCAUCCGCAACCUGCAAGGCCGAUACAACCUCCGCAUCCUGCUCACCAUGGUCGACAUCCCCAACCACGAAGACUCCCUGCGCGAGCUAUCCAAGACGUCACUCGUCAACAACGCCACCAUCAUUCUCUGCUGGUCGGCGGCCGAGGCGGCCCGCUACCUCGAGCUGUACAAGUCGUAUGAGAGUGCCAACUUUGCGGCCAUCCGAGGCCAACAGUCGUCGAGCUACGCCGAUCGGCUGGUCGACUUUGUCACGGUGCCGCGCAGCCUCAACAAGUCGGACGCGGUCGCCCUGGUGGCCAACUUUGGGAGCCUCCGCAACGCCAUCAACGCCGACGCCGAGCAGCUGGGGAUGCUCAACGGAUGGGGCGGUGUCAAGGUGAAGAGGUGGUCGUCGGCCGUCGAGGAGCCCUUUCGCGCCAAAAAGGCGGCCAAGCGAGGCGUGCAAGCGGCCGCAGGCAGGGAAGCCGAACAAUCGUCCGAGAGUCAGCAACGACUGGCGCGGCUGGAGCAGGCCAUGCCGCUCUCUCGUGUGCCGCUUCGCGACAUGCCUGCUUCUGCUUCUGCUUCCGGUGCUGGUGCUUCCGGUGCUGUUGUCGGCCCGUCCGGCAGGCAGUCCGCGGCUGCACGGUCGUCGGGGCAGUCGGCGCCGAAGCAGUUCCACUUCCUCGACGACGAUGACCUGGACGACGACGGCGACGACGAGGAGGCGCUACUGGCGGCGACCUUGGAAGAGUCGCAGAAGACGGCCGGCGAUAGGAGCGCAGGGGCGUCGCAGCCGGCCCGGCCAGCCGAGAAGGCGCAGGAGGAGCUCGCCGGAGGGGUUGCGGCGGCCCUGGCCAAGCUACGCGAAAAUGGCUGA